AAUAUGACGCAAUCACGUACACGGAGACGCACUAGUUGGAAAACGUAGUUGGAGGAAGCACUUUGUAAACAAGUUUUUCUUAAUUCAUUAUCGCAGUUAUCAUACCUUUAAAGAACACCAGUACGCGAAUAAUCUCUCUUUAAUACCCGGUGAAUUUAUGAGCCCGGAACGACCACACAAGCUGCUAGCUAGCUGUUGUUAAGCUAGCAUGUUAGCUGGCUGACAGUGUUAGCCCAGUUGGUGGCAUGUUAUGGAUCCGUUAAGUAUAGUUGCGGAUGAAGUGGCUUUGGAGGGACUGGACGGAAUAACUAUUCCCUCUCUGUGGAUACGACUAGAAAAUAGACAGCCCAAGUUUCCCCUCAAGCUCGACGACUGCACCAAAGAGCACAUCUGGAAGUCACUUAUCAGCAACACCGACCUGAAAUUCUAUCAACUCCCACAGGAGAGAGACGAUGUUGUGCUGUUUGACAGGUUUAAAGACAUUGACCCAGAAACAGGAAUUGAGACAACACAGAGGUUUUCUGACACACGGAAAGACGUCUACCCGGUCCAUAUUAUUCUAGAAAACAAGGAUGGGAUACAGGGCUCGUGUGCACUCUACAAAGUGAGGACAGACGUCACUAAGCAUGUCCGCUCCAAGUCCCUCACCCCAUUAGUCAACUUGGAGGAGGCUUUGGAAAGAUAUGGCCGAAAGCUUGUUGUCGUUGCGUCUCAGACCCUGCGUUUCAGGACCCUGAUUGGUAUUGAAAGCGAUCCUGAUUUGAAACUCAACGACGACUCUUACUGUGUGUUGGAACGAGUGGGCCGAGCUCGAUGGCAAGGAGAGUUACAAAGGGAUCUGCACGGAUGCUCUUUCAAGAUUGAUGCUCGAAAGCUGCACUACAUGAGGAAGUCUCUUGUGAGACAUGGACUCAUCAGCAUGCAGUCUCAUGUCACACGACUGAAGUCAGGACAACAGCAGCACUCCAUUCUUCUGCUGCUCAAACGCUUCUAUGUUAACAGGAGGACUAAGUAUGACAUACUGAUGGAGUAUGUGUCCAACCUUCUCCAGCAGUCACCUGGUCAGUUUGCCACUUUGAUCACACUCAAAGAACAACUUAAUGUGGACGACGGUACUUUUAAGCGUGUAUUUCAAUACAUGCGAUCUGCCAAGUUGAUUGAGUAUUGCCAGUACCCUCUGGAGGACUUAGAUCCCAGCGCUGGGCCCUGCAACAACAAAAAAGGGAAUAAAGUGCUUGUGCGCUGUUUGAGACUGUUAAAGCCGUAUACAAGGAAGGGGGUCACUGAUGAUGAUGAUGAUGAGGACGAGGAUGAAGAAGAUGACACUGGAGCAAGAAGAAGAACUCUCCCUACAGAGGGGCGAAUCCUGGAGAACGAUGUCCUGUCACAGGCCUAUCACAUUGUAUUGUCCUGUGGUACAAAGGGAAUCCCACAGAGUGGUAUUGGGUUAAGGAUGAAUGUCGGUAAGCUGGAAUCUCGUAUGCUCUGCCGAAGGCUGGAGAGGGAUGGUGUGAUUAAGGGAUUCAUGGAGGAUGAGGGUCGGCAGAGGACUACAAAAUUUAUCAGCCAUAAGUGUGUGGGUGUGAGUGAUCAACUCCAACUGUUUGCCAAGGAGCAGGAACGGCAAAAGCUCCUGUACUCUUCUGCACCAGAGACAUCAGGUACUGCACCUGCCACCCCUAAAACACCAUCAGCCUCAACGUCGACAGCAAAAGAAAACACCAAUACUCCUCCAGCAAAGAAGAGUAAGAAAGCAGGUGGAGAUGGAAACGAAGAUGCAGAGGAGGUUGUGCAGAUGUGUGGUGAUAGAGAAGAUACAGCAGAUGGCUUGGAUGGAGAGGGAGGUAAAGCAAGAGGAAAGUCAGGAGCAAAAAGAAAGACAGUAGGGAAGAAAAGCAGUGUGAAAACUAAACAGACACAACCUGAGAUCCUCAUCGUACAACCUACACCCACUGAAUGUGAAACCCCAGCCUGCAGCAACUCCACGACUAGUAUGACAGCUGACUCAGUGUCCAAUCCCAGAGCAGAACAAGCUCACGUUGAGAAGCCAGCCAGCCCUUUGCCUCAGAGUGAGGAGUUGAAUGCAGCUGAUAACCCAGCAGACAACAUUGUGGUUGUUAAAGAUGUUUGCCGGCCGCAGGCCAGAUGUAAAAAAUCCAGAAAGUCUAUGGAGAGGUCACAUGAGACAUACCGCCUGUUGAGGAGGAAGAACCUGAUUGUUGAGGCUGUCCGCAGCUUCAAAAUCAUAGAGGGUCUUUUCCAGCUACAGAAGAUAAUCAAUGACGAUGAGAAGCAGGAUGGAGUCAGCUCUAAGUGUUGCAGGAAGACAAUUUUACGCCUUGUCGACAGUCUAUCUAGAGAAGGCUUGCUUAAGGUGUACAAGACCACUGUCAUACAGGAUGGCAUCACCAAGAAGGUUGAAAUGGUCGUUCAUCCGUCCGUUCAGCCCAGCGAUGACAUAGUGAAAAGGGUCAUUGAGCAGGUCCGCUUCAGAAUCUCCAGCUCUUACACAGUUAUACGUCUGCAGCACGCAGCAGAAAAAGCCAGAGAUCAAGAAAAAGGGUCUGAGGAGAUCACCGCCAGCACUUCUAAAAAGAGCAAGGCCGACAAAAAGAGAGCAGGCAUUAAAGAAGACGAGGAGUUCAAGCCCACAACAGUUAGGGGAUUGGGGAAGACUUUUGGCUUCCAGCCUAAGAUGCAUCGUCUGCGUGUUAUUCAUAACUUCCUCUGGUACCUGAUAUAUGGGCACCCGCACAGAUACAACUCCACUGGCUCCCAUUCAACCAGCCAAACACCAGCAAACCCAAACAGCUCUGAUCCUGAUGCCAAACACUUAGACAACCAUGAAAAACAGGAUCUGAAAGACACACAAAACUCCACAAACACAAACGGACAAACACAGCCAUCUCAAAGUGCUGCCACCGGCUUUGUGGACCCACAAACUGCAGAAUCUACUUUGUCUAACUUGGAUGUGACAUUAUCAGGUGAUGAAGAGGAGGAGCUGAAGGAUAAAUCAACACCUGCUCACUCUCAGUCUGACAUGAAAGUGUAUGCUGAUGAAGAGUCGUGGAAGAAAUUCAUGCCUCCUGUCCGUGUGCACAAAGAGUAUGGCAGCGGCUGGGCAAUGGUUGGCGACCUGCUCCUCUGCCUGCCUCUCUCUGUCUUCAUUCAGGUCAUACAGAUCAAUUAUAAGGUGGAUGGACUGGAGGAAUAUCUCAACGACCCUGUGAAGCAACACCAUCUUGUUAGAGCGCUUCCUGCCAGAAUGAGAAGACAGCUGCUUUAUAAACGAAAAUACAUCUUCUCAUUUUAUGAGAACCUGCAAAAGUUGGUCUACAUGGGUCUGCUGCAGUUUGGUCCUGUGGAGAAGUUCAAGGAGAAGGACCAGGUGUUUUUGUACCUGAAGCGCAAUACCACCAUUGUUGACACCACCAACGCUGAGCCUCACUACUGGCUGAUCACAGAGUCACCUGACAAACCAUUUGAGAGGCGCCAGUACACAUUCAACACUGCUGAAGAUGUCGAAAACUACUGGUUUGACCUGAUGUGUGUCUGCCUUAAUACAGCACUGGGGGUCAUCCGUAGUAAGAGAAACGUCACAGAAGAGGAUGCUGCUCCGUCCUUCGUGCAUGAACGCAAUGUGUUCGUGGGAAUGGCAUACCUGCUAAAGGGCAGUCGUGAAGUGUGCGACGAUGGGUCAUUACCAGGAGACGGUAAAGGAGCAGGAGGCCUGGACUCUGAAUUCUUUGCUCAUCUUAAACGCAACUGGUUGUGGACCAAUCACUUACUCUCUGUCAAAACGACCCCAAGUGGUUUAGAAGCGAAGGAGAACAAAGUCAGACUGAAGAGCCUGCUGAGUAAAAAUGCUCUCAGGAUUGCACUUAAAGCUGGAGGAACUACUAAACCUCGUUAUGUGACUGCCAAGCGGCCACUGAUAGCAGAAAAUAUUGAGGUGGGUAUCGAGCCUGCAUCCAGAAAUCAGCAGGUGGUCGGAGGAAAGGGACAGAAGAGGAAGAGAAGCAAAAAGGAGGUUGUCAAGGUCCCACGGAAGAAGAAGAAAGAGCUGAAGAAACGCACCCCUGCCCAUGACGAGGCAGACCACCAAGCUUUGAAAAUGAUGACCAGACAGAGAGUCUACUGGUCUGUACAGGAAGACUCACUGAUGAUGCUCUGCAGUGUGGCCUCACACCUGCUCAACAGCAAGUUAAAAAGGCCGUUCGUACCUUACUGUGUGGUCAGAGACCUGCUCCACGCAGAGUUUGAGAUAUCGGUGGAUAAAACAUCUGUUGCUGUCGGGCGUCGCUCACGAUACAUCCUCAAAAAUCCUCAGACGCUUCUGAACUACAGGAUCUGUCUGGCUGAGGUAUACCAGGACAAAACUCUGAUGAGACUGUUGGAGGAGAAGAGACCUGCUAAUCCAGACAAUCCAGAGGAUUGUGCUAAAGAGUUCUCUGAGUACGUAAGGCUGCUCAGACAGAAGUUCUGCUCUGCUCUGAGCGCUGGUGAUAUGAUCAUACCUGACACAAAACAUCAGCUCUUCUCACGGUUCAGGGUUUCGGCAAUAGACAAUGGAAAGCAGGUGUCAUGCAGAGACACUCUCAACUGCACAGAUGACAUUCAUGCCAUAGUGUUACAUAACUUGAUCCAGAGCACUCUGGCCAUGACCAACAGUCAAAUGAAGUCCUCCAGAUCCUUUCAGACCUUCCACAUGUACAGCAAGUAUGACCAGGAGCUGCUGUGCCAAGUGUUCAUACAAUGCAGGAAGAGGGGUCUGGUCAACCGCCGUCGUGUCAAUCAGCCAUUUGGGCCGAAGAAGAACCGAGCGCUGCCCAUCCUGCCUAUGUCCUACCAGCUGUCCCAGUCCUACUACAGGCUGUUUUCGUGCCGUUUUCCUCACUCGUUAUGCACUGAUUCCUUCCGCUUCUUGAGGAGUCUUAUUAACUACAGGAUGGGAGAUGAGCGACCUGUCACUACGUUCUACCAUGAAACCGAGAACAGGUCAGAGAAUGGGGAGGAAGUGAUGGAGAGGAGAGCAAGGUCAGAAAGAAAAAAAAAACUAAGCGAAGGGAAGGAAGGUGGCAGACCAGUGAGUAAACCAGAGGUACUACAAGAGAAAGCAAACAGUGACUCCACAAAGGAAGGAGAGAACAACCAAGGGAAAGUGGAAGGAGAAGAGAAGUUGAUGGAGGUAGACAUGAACAAUGAGAAAACGGAGGUGACAAGCAAAGCAGAUGAACAGAAAAACCCAGAAGAUUGCUUCACAGUUGGUUUUGGUGAAGAUCCAUCCAGUAGAGAGCCACCAGGAGUGGCUGCUACCUCACACACAGCACUUCAAGCUUCAGAGGAGCCUCCGGAUGUGUCGGACAUGCUGCGGUUCUCUCUGGACUCUCCAGGUGGAGCCUGUGUGGUCUCUCUCAGCCUGAUGUCUCUGGGACUGCUGAGUGUGUACAUAUCCAUACCUAAACAGAUGGUGGUGGUGGACAGCAACCUGGUGGACAACGAUGUAGUGAAGAAUAUGGCAGCACUGGAAGAAGAGGACGAUGAUGAUGAUGAUGACGGUGAUGAGUGUGAGGGGAGAAAAAAAAUGGAAGUGAAGGCACAUCAAGCAUCACACACCAACUACCUGAUGAUGCGGGGACACUGCUGUCCUGGCAUAGUCAAAGUACGUAACCUCAACACCAGUGAUAACGUCGUGGUGGAGUCAUGUAUUAUGAGGUUGCAACUGCGCAACACACCUGCUCACCACGUGUUCAGUAUGGAGAACUUACCACCUUUGGACUUGACUAAAUGUGGUCCAUCCCUGCUGCCCUCCAUCCUCACCUACUCCACCCGUUCCUCCUCCUCGUCUCAACAUAGUGUGAAGGAGUGUGACAGGCGUUUGAUUCAGCAAAGAGGAUACACUCCUCAGGACAUAGAAGCAUGUGCUCAGCUCAGGAGGAGCUUAGAUGAAGCUGGUGAGAACGGCUUGGAUAUCCAUGACUUCUACCAGACUCAUAUGCACCUGGAGGAGCCGCAGUCUGGACGCACCAGGAGCCUGCAGCAGUAUAUGAAGGAGUUGCAGGAAGAAGGCCAGGUGUUACUAGUUGGGAGUUUGGGUGUCCGUUGGGUGCUUAUGAAACACGCUGAACCAUGGCUGCUGACUGUCAACUCCAAGCAAUGGUCCCAGUCACGCUCCACAUCUAACAGACUCCCAUUUUUGGAGAAACAGCACAACAUCUCCUUUAUGAGAUCCAAGCGAGGAGGCCAACAGGAGACACAAGAACCGCCAGCAAAAAAAUCAGCUGUGGACAGACAAGAGAGCGAAGACAGGGAGGACGUAGAGAGAUUGUCGAGUGACAUAAGACAGAAACUGAAUGAGGAAGAACAGUUGGAAAAGCAGAAAGCGAGGGUAGAUGAGGGAAGUGGAGACAAGUUGUUGAACUUGGAAGAGAAAGGAGGAAAGCAGAUGCAAACUGAAGAGGAAGGAGAGGAGGAGGCAGGACAGAAGAAGGUGGAAAGUGAGGAAAGACGGGGAAAAAAGAGGGCGCUUGGAACCAAAGCGGACAUUAUAGAUGAUGAAAGAGAUGAGGAAGCAUGUUCUCUACCAACAGGAACAGCUGAUGUUGAUGAAAAUGUGAGUUUCAUCAGCCGGCCGUGGCGCAUGGUUGACGGAGGUCUGAACCGGCAGGUGUGUAAGGGCAUGCUGGAGGCCGUUCUUUACCACAUCAUGUCCCGACCCGGACUCACGCAGCAGACACUGGUGGAACAUUACAAAGAUGUGUUGCAGCCAAUGGCGGUGCUGGACCUGGUGCAGGCACUCAUAGAGAUGGGCUGUUUGACAAAGAAAACUCUGGUUAAAGGUCCUAAACUCUCCCUGUUCGCCCACUCUGUGCACCAGAAAAGAAGUGAGACAGAAGUGAAGAUUGAGGAACCAGACACUGUGUUUUAUGAGCCCACCAUCAGCUGCUGCCUGCGGCUCAGUCAGGUGUUACCCAACGAACGUCACUGGAACUAUUGUCUACCAUAAAAGUAAUCAAGGACCUCACAUUGGCCUGCACUUGGCCUUACCUGGCUUGAGUAAAAAGUUCAGAAAUGAUCUUUGACUGUUGUGAUAAACCUAAUUAAUGUAAUUUUACAAAAAGUUUCAUUUCAUCAGGUUUUUUGACAGAUUCACUUCUGGUUUUACAGAACAGGGAUUUCUUUGUAUAUUUUUUUCUGCAUGGAUUUUUUGUUGUCAAACUUUUUGUCUUAAAAUUAAAUUUAGUUUUGUGUUCCCUUAUGUGUAUGCUAAUUAACCUAAAAUGAUUAAUAAAAAUGCAUUACAUUACA